GGGAGAUACGGAAUCAUAGUCUUUUCAAUUUCAGGGCCAAGCCAAGGCAAAGACUGCGAACCACGCUGACGUUUUUUUCUGUCCACUGGCACCGACCCUCAGCCACCAGCCUGGCUCCAGCUCUAUCGCUGGGUCUGGAAGAACACGUAUCUUGCCAUUAUCGUACCGGACACUUGUCAUAGGAUUGUCAAAAUAAAAAUGGUUUCAAUUAAACUGAUCGCCUUAGCUAUUGGAUUAGCGGUACUUGCCACCAGUUCUCUCACUGAUGGAACUCUGUCAAAGAAAGAAAAACAAGCAAAGAAGGAGAAAGAACUGAAGAUUGACAAGAGUGCAGCGAAAGAAGCUGUUCACAAGCGUGGAUUGGUGGUGGAGGCCACACGCAGUAAAGACAUCGUCAAGGAGCAUGCCAGAUGCCAUGAUCAGUCGGCUGAGGAGGCGAAGUUCCCUGCGACUACUCUUGUCUACGUUACUCCGUGGAAUGCACACGGCUAUGACAUUGCAAAGCGCUUUGGAGGCAAGUUCACCUUGUUGUCGCCAGUGUGGCUGCAAAUCAAGAAACAGCAUGGGACCUUCAAGGUGCAAGGUGCACAUGACAUUGAUCAAGGCUGGCUAAAGGAUGUGAAGAAGAACAGGAAAAUAGAGAUUGUUCCCCGUGUCCUCUUCGACGGCUGGCGCUCAGAAGACUUCCAGGUGGUGAUGAGCAACGAGAAGGUUGCGCGCUCCAUGGCGGGUAUUCUAGCCGACUUCUUGGUGGACAAUGACUUCCACGGAUGUGUCAUUGAAGUGUGGAGUCAAUUCGCUGGACAUAUGCGAAGUGAACUAGCUGCUCUGGUCAAUGUCAUGACGGACGUGCUGCACAAGAACAAGCUCAAGUCCAUUCUCGUCAUUCCUCCACCUGUUGGACGAGGGGUCAUGUUCGAUGGCAGUGACUUUGAGCGCUUGGCACCAACCGUCGAUGGGUUCAGCUUGAUGACGUACGACUUUUCAUCGCCAGCAAGCCCCGGUCCCAAUGCACCCAUUGGCUGGAUGGAAGAGUGUGUGAAGGCCUUGGCACCCUCAGCACAUGACCAGUACCGUAGUAAAAUUCUUCUCGGACUCAAUUUCUACGGCUAUUCCUACAGUAGUCAAGGUGGUCUCCCGGUUGUUGGCCAUGAGUACAUCAAACAGCUGCAUGAACAUUCACCCAAGCUGAAGUGGGACAAGAAAGUGGCCGAGCACUCCCUCGAGUACAAGGUGAAGAAUACCAAACACAAGGUGUAUUACCCCACACUGCUGUCCAUUCACAAGCGUCUGGAGCUAGCUAAACAGCUGGGAGUUGGCAUAUCAAUCUGGGAGAUUGGACAAGGACUGGACUACUUCUACGAUCUGCUAUAGAGCUGCCGUCUGCGUGGCCAUGUUGCCUAGGGGACCAGGGCAAUGUUGCUUAGGGGGCCAGGGCAAUGUUGCCUAGAGGACCAGGGCAAUGUUGCCUAGGGGACCAGGGCAAUGUUGCCUAGGGGAUCAGGGCAAUGUUGCCUAGGGGACCAGGGCAAUGUUGCCUAGGGGAUCCGCAGCUAGGGAUGAUUGCUCCAUAGCUGCUGCUGCUGCUGUUCCUAGUAUUGUGUUCCUCUCGUACUUGUACGGCACCCUACUCUGUCUAUCUGUGUUGCUUGCUGAGCCCGCGGCGAAGCAUGAUGUUGCUUUCCCUGCCACGCUGACUUAAAAACUGCAUCGACGAGUGGUGUGUCGCAUGUGUUCACGUUGCGGCCUUGAGCCGGACUGCUGGAUGGCAUAGCUAUUCAGCCACAGCCGGGCUGGCAUUCAUGAAAUGUAAGAUAUGGCAGUUGUGUGCUUAGCCAAGUAACACUAUUAAGUAACACUAUUCUCUUCUAUGAACAUCAUUGUACUCCCUGGGAGCAGUCACCGCUGAUUACCCGCUACACAAAUUAUUUCGAUUUUGACCAUCAUCCUCUUUUCUAUAAGAAGAAAAGAGGACCAAAGAGCUACAAUUUAGUUACGCUAUAAUAUCCACUAACACCACUGCAGUUACUUUACACUAACACCACUGCAGUUACUUUACAAUCAGCUCAUUGUCGUGCAAUGUUAUCGCAUGAGCUGAUUGUAAAAUAGCUGGUGGUGUUAGUGGACAUUAUAGCGUAACUUGUAACUCUUUGGUCCUCUUUUCUUCUUAUAAAUUAAUCCUCGGCUCUCCACCCGAGUCUAAUCCUUUUUAGCUCCAACUGAUGAUAGUCACAAGAACAGGUUUUUGGAAACCUC